UUUAGUGUCAUGUGCGAAGGACGAGGGGACGGGCGUCAUAGUUCCAUAUUGAAAACCGUCACAAGCGGCAGUUCGUGUUUUACAUGACUGGUCAACAACGCUUGAACGCACCGUGACUAGUUGCUGUCUGGAGCGAUAACCUCUUUCACCGCCGGCGGCGUCGUUUCUCCCGCUUGGACGUCUGGAGAGAAGCCGCGGCGAGGGGAGUGGAGGUGGAGUCUGGUGGUGGUGGGGUGAGAGAAGAAAGCAGCGACAACAGGGAGGAGGACGGUGGAUGAAUUACGCUUUAAAAGUUCCUUUUAAACCAGCUGAAGAAGCGCGGCGAAGAGGAGCGCGGCAAGAUGAUAACGCCCUACUUCCUCGAGAAUUUCUGGGGCGACAAAAACAAUGGCUUCGACGUUCUGUACCACAACAUGAAACAUGGGCAGAUUUCCUCCAAGGAGCUGACGGACUUCAUCAGAGAGAGGAGUGUCAUUGAGGAGGCCUACGCCAGGUCCAUGACUAAACUUGCCAAAUCGUCGGGCAACUUCUCUCAGCAGGGGACGUUCGCUCCUAUGUGGGACGUGUUCAAGGGCUCCACGGAGAAGUUGGCCGCUUGUCACAUGGACCUGGUGAGGAAACUGCAGGAGCUGAUCAAGGAGGUUCAGAAGUACGUGGAGGAGCAGGCCAAAGCUCAUAAGAAGACGAAAGAAGAAGUGGCGUCGACGCUGGAAGCCGUCCAGAACAUCCAGAGCAUCUCCCAGUCGCUGCAGAAGUCCAAGGAGAACUACAAUGCCAAAACUGUGGAGCAGGAGCGGCUCCGAAAAGAGGGGGCCACCCAGAGAGAUGUAGACAAGGCCGGAGUCAAAGCCAAAAAAGCCACUGAGACGUACAAGUCGUUUGUGGAGAAAUACGCUGCGGCCAAGUCGGAGUUUGAACAGAAGAUGGCAGAAACUGCCCAGAGGUUCCAAGAUAUUGAAGAAAACCACAUUCUGCACAUGAAGGAGAUCAUUCGGUCAUACUCGCAGUCUGUGGACGAGACCCACCUCCAGAUUGGCGAGGUCCAGAAGGAGUUUGUGAGGAACAUCGAGAACACGUCGGUGGACAGUUUGAUACAGAAACUGGCCGAGAGCAAAGGGACAGGCACAGAGAGACCAGGGCCCAUUGAGUUUGAGGAGUGCAACGCUGCCGUCGCCACUGAAGGUGCCAAACCCAGGAAAAAAAAGCAUUUUGGAAUUCCUGGCCGCAGGAAAGACAAAGACACAGACUCGACGGAGUCGACAGAAGUGGAUACCACAAACACCGCCAACGGGGCUCCCCCCGGAUACUACGGCGCCAUCGACAUCCAGAACGCUAAUGUCCCUCAAGUGGAUUCUGAAGGAUUCUGCAUCCGACCGGAACUCAAUGAAAAUGAUGCCAAAGACAACUCCUUCUACUCUUCGAGUGACUCCGAGGAUGAGGAUGAGCGCCGCAAGUUCCACGUGGAGAUCAAGCCUGUCCAGCCCAACAACGGCACGCACCAGAACCAGGCCACCAUCGACGAGCUGAAGGCUUCCAUCGGGAAUAUCAUCCUGUCGCCCACCAGUUCGAGUCAGAUGCGGAGGAACCAGUCCAGAAUCUCAGGAGGCUAUGUGUUUAACUCCCGACUCCACGGUGAUGAAUUGGCCAAAAGCAGAGCACCAACUUCAUACGAACUGACCAACAACGACCUCCUGUCUUUGGAUCCAUUCGGACCGACAGUGGCGGGCGGUUCCUCCUCGUCAACGUCGCCAUCUACAGUUCCAGUCCCAAACCGACCCAGCACCCCUCUAACAACCGCAGCGCUGGUCCCGCCCCCAAGACCUUCCUCCAGACCCAAGCUGCCAACUGGGAAACUUUCAGGAAUCAAUGAGAUUGUGAGGCCGUUCAGCCCUCCCAAGGCCUCCAAUGCCAGCCCACCUCCUCCUGCACCACUCGCCCGGGCCGAGAGCUCCUCCUCUUUGUCCUCCAACGCCUCACUCAGUGCAGGCAACACGCCGACUGUCGCACAGUUUCCUCCUCCUCCUCCCUCCCUCCACUCCUUCACUCCUCCUCUCACAGGAGCCGAGCAAACCUUCCGUCUCCCCCUUUCCUCUACAGACCCUGAGCUGCUCCCUCUCUCUUCUUUCUUUCCGUUCAGUCAAAAAGACGAUUUGUUCGUAGCAAAGCUGCCCACCUUUGAGAAGCGCUGUGAGACACCUUCAGGAACGUCCCGCGGCCCCAGCCCCGUCACCCUGGCUUCCCAGGACGCCUUGCCCAUCGCCGUGGCCUUCACAGAGUCGGUUAAUGCUUACUUCAAAGGAGCUGAUCCCACUAAGUGCAUCGUGAAGAUCACAGGAGACAUGACACUCUCCUUCCCCAUGGGCAUCAUCAAGGUGUUCACCAGUAACCCCUCCCCUGCUGUGCUCACCUUCAAACUGAAGAACAUCAACCGGCUGGAGCAGGUUCUGCCGAACCAGCAGCUCCUGUACAGCGACCCGUCUCAGGGCGACUUGGAUUCCCGGGACUAUUGGUUCAACAUGCAGGCGCUGACGUCAUUCCUCAGGAAAUCCUCAGAGCACAAUCCCACUGCGUCUUACUACAACGUGGACAUCCUCAAAUACCAGGUUCUCUCUGAUGGAAUCCAUUCCACUCCUCUGAAUCUGGCCGUGUACUGGAAGUGCACCCCGACCACGACGGACCUGCGGGUGGACUACCGCUACAACCCCGAGUCCAUGGCCGUCCCUGGGCCACUGAGCAACAUGCAGAUCUUGGUGCCAGUGGACGGAGGCGUGACCAGCAUGCAGUCCCUGCCCAGCUCCAUCUGGAACUCUGAACAGAACAAGUGCCUGUGGAAGCUGAGCGACGUCUCGGACAAGUCUGAAAAUGAAGGUGCCGGAACCAUCAGGGCCAAAUUUGAGCUGUCACAUGGACCGUCCACUCCGUCCACUCUGGCCGUGCAGUUCAUGAACGAGAGCAGCACCUUGUCAGGCAUCGACAUGGAGCUGCAGGGCAGCGGCUACAGGCUCUCGCUGAGUAAGAAAAGGUUUGCCACAGGACGUUACAUGGCCGACUGUUGAGGUGACCUCCCACUGCGAUUCCUUCAUGAAAGAACAAAUCUCGCUUUAAAAACGUAGCCAGACCUCCCGAAAUCCUUUGAGCACAGUUUUUUUUUUUUUUUAUCAAACUUCGGGUAGCGAGAUUCUCUCAGCACUGAGUAUCGUACACUGUUGAUGAAAAUAAAUUUUAAAAAAGGAAAGAAUAAAUGAAAGAGAAACGUUCAGGAAAACUGUAGAUACCAAGAAUAAUCAUCACUUUUGUAGUCAAAAUAUUAGAUUUCACAGAUUUUAUGUGAAAUCGUGAAAAAAGAAAAAAAAAGUGCACUAACGAUUUCUUUCCUGUUUUUCGCCCAAUAUUCCCGAAUGAUUUUAUGGAAUGUAAAUAGUGAUUUUCAAGUGACCUGAUUUCUUUUCUACUCAUGGACAUUAAGGUUUUCACGUGCAAUGAGAUGGAAAAAAAACAAACAAAAAAAGACAGGCUCGCUGAACAUCAAAGUGCUUUAAGAAAACAAAAAAAAAUGCUGACCUCAGUGCCUCCGACGAUACUGUGGCUCCACAAACGGCAGGAAUGUUUUUGCCCAAAUUCCGUUCUUACGGUUGAAGGGCGACCUAGCGCUACAUGACUGUGCUGGUGGUAAUUCACUUUUUCCAUUUGUUUCCUCAAUAAAGUUAUGUAACGUAAUGAAGCUGAGCGUUAUCAGGCUAAGCUGUGUUAGCUCAUUGGCUAAGUGCCUUGGUUCAAGUUAAUCAGCUCAGGUGAUAAUCCCUGUUGGAUGCUGGUUAGCAGGUUGGAUGACUCACAAGGUCAGCUUCAUCUUUCAGUGGCUUAGAUAGCUAGAUCACACAGCAAAACUGUGAAGACGUUUAGCACGGAAAGUCUCGCCGGUAAGGUUCAGACUUCUAUGUUCUAAGGGCUACAUACAUAUGCUCACAAAAAUGAAAUAGAAAAAUCCUUGCUGUAGCAAAAUUCAUCAAUGCAGAGGCUGGUGGACCACCAGGACCACAGACUAUUCAAACCACGUUUUGAGCAAUUGAAAAACACUACAACACUAUUUACAACACUACAGUCAGGCGAGACGCGUGGCCGCCAACCCGUGUUCAUCAUAUGCCGACAAGUUGACUAAUCCUUAAGAUACUCAUGAGGCGUCCACCGUCAAAAUGGUCGUAAUGUAACACAUAACUAGUGUUAACAGCCCUUAUAGUAUGUAUCUCACUUUUCUAAUGACUAUUUACGACACUAUAAUCACACUAGUGUGUGUGUUUGGCGUGACACGCAGACAAGCUCACUAAUCGCUGAGAUAGUCGUAAUGAAAUGGUCCCAUACUUUUGAGGUUUGGGUCGCGAUUGUCCCUCAUCUUAAAUUGAUGACACCUGUACUUAUUCUACUUGAUAGAUUUGCGCGAAAAUUGUCAUUUGAAGCUAUGAUAAGAUGUUGUUGCUAGGCUAACUGGCUAGCAUUCUCCAUCUUCAGUUCUGUGGGACGAGACAUUUGUCCCGAAACCUUUUGUCAUUUCACGCUAGCAUCCUCAAACUUCAGAUGUCACGUCGGACCGUGUUUCCAUCAGGAUGCUGAUCUAUUGUUCUGUAGCAUCGAGAAUCUUCCAGCGUCAUCCAGGCUUCACAGCCGCCAGCACCAACACUUCCUGUAUCGCUAGGUCGCUUCUAAAAUCAAACAUGCCUUGAACGUUUUCUCUUUGUAGUCACUUUUAUGAACAUUUUUAUCUCGUGAUGUCUGUUCAAGCGAAAAAAAGGUAACGCAGUGACUUUAACGUAGAAAUAACUUGUGCCUGAAUUUUUGCUACUAUUGAAAGGCGCAGUUUGCGGUGCCAUUUUUAUCAGGAUACUGAAGGGAAAAGUGUCAUUUUUAGCGACCAGCUGUCUCCUGGCCGUCGGUCCGGUGGCUGCCACCGCCACCGGUCAUUUAUCAUGUUGGUGCCUCAAAGCCAAAUUAGUCCGACGAGGAAACUAGAGUGGCUGCAUGUGUUCUUCUCUCUGUUUUGGUUAAGAUUGCAAAUGUACGUGAGUGAUUCAUCUGUGGAACCUUGUGGAAACUGAGUUCAUAAAGUUGUAAUUAUGAGAUUUAAAGGGAAUUAAUUAUUCAAUUUUCUGUGAAUUUACACUCAAAAUCCUCUUGUUUUAUGGAGUGAAAUGAUAAUGACGGCAAUCCGUUUGUAAAUAUUGCAUAAAUAUGACAAAUGAAUUACAAUAAAAUUUUGAUCUCCUUUUUUAUUUAUCCUAUGAUAUAAUAAAAUAAUACUAACUAAUGAAAUGAACAUUUUUUCUUCUCCUGAAAAUAGCCUAAAACAUUUGUAUUUUGAAGAUUCCUACAAUGAUGAUUUUUAAUCUCUUAAAGCAAAAUCUAAUCUCUUUCAAUAAACAUAUCAACAAAUUUUACUUAAAUUCAUGUUUGAUUUAAAAUGAGAAAAUAGAGAGAUAUUAACAUGAAUAAUAAAACAAAAAUCACAAUGAAAAUUUUACAGGUGUUUAGAUUUGAUGAUUUUUUUUCACUCCAGUUAAACAUUUUUAUCUCUAAAUUUGAACUUUAAAGAAAAUAAGUCAUAAAUUGUGUGAUGAUCAGAAAUAUGUAAGUUUGACUUUAUUUUACCUACAUUAAUCAUGUGAUUUCCCCAUUGUACAUUAACAAAAAUGACAAUGAAUUUUCACAUUUAUAGAUAUAUAAAUAUAUAGUUUCAUGUAUGUUGUAUGCCUUUCUUCUUGCACUCUGCCUUUUAAAUCUCAGAAUUACAACUUCUUUCACGCGAAAUGUGUCACUGAAAAUGCCUGACGAAAAUCAUUUUUGUUCAAUUGUUCUCAUUCAGUCGCAUUUUCGCAGCUUUUUUUUGCCUUGAAAAGCCAAAAUGAAUUUGAAAUCCUGCCUGAAUACUUGUUUUAAUUGUUUGUCGUUCACAUCACUGACUUGACUUUAAGAUGCGAUGGUGGUUUCAGCCACUCUUUCACUUCCAGCAGCUCUCUCACGUCCCACUUGUGUUCUCUCUGGUGUCACAUCAGUCUUGAAGCAAGCUGGUUCUUGCUCUCUCCGAAAAUCUCGCUGAUCUCAUCUCCGGUCUUUUUGUUGUAUUUAACAGAGUUUAAAAAAAAAAAAAAAGAGCCGACUUGUGUAAAUGAUUCUCUAAUUUGUACAUUUUUACUUUUGUCUGACUCUCCUGUAUCAAAUGUGUAAUAUAUGAAUAUAUACAAAUAUAUGAGCUGACCACUUCA